UAAGAGAAUGCAGACAGGAGGGGUGGAGUUCACAGCUCUUACUUUUCAAACGCUGCUCUGGCAAAAGAGCUCAUUCUUUGCCUGGUAAACAGCGGAGUGGGCGCUGAUGUGUCCUGGCAUGUGAUCCCACUUUAGUUAAAUCAGUCGCCUCACUGCUGCAGCCUCCCAAUAAACUUUCCAUGCUGUUGCCCGUCCAAUGGACAGCACUUAGGAGGUUUGUCUGGACCGUAUCCGCUACUGCUCGCUCAUCCGCUGCGCUCCGGCUCUCCGCCGUCGGCUCUCCGCCGUCGGCUCUCCAGGUUCAGAGGGACUCACGCGGCUCGGGGAGCUGGCCCGGGUCUCCUGCACACAUGGAGGGAGACGUUAUGGACAAAGUGGAGGCCACGGCGACGGUCUGUGACUUUGACCCCAUCAGUGGGUGCAUCCCGGCCACCAAAGUGGAGAUCACCGUGUCCUGCAGGGAUCUCCUGGACCGAGACACUUUCUCCAAAUCUGACCCAUUGGUGGUGUUGUACACGCAGGGCGUCGAGUCCAAACAGUGGAGAGAGUUUGGGAGAACAGAGGUGAUAGACAACACGCUAAACCCAGACUUUGUCAGGAAGUACAUCCUGGACUACUUCUUUGAGGAGAAGCAGACCCUGCGCUUUGACGUGUAUGACAUUGAUUCUAAAAGUCCAGAUCUGGCAAAGCAUCCUACCGACUUAAACGACUUCCUGGGACAGAUCUACUGUACACUGGGAGAGAUUGUGGGCUCACCUGCCAGUCGCCUGGAGAAACCUCUCGGUGGCAUACCUGGGAAGAAAUGUGGGACCAUUAUCUUGUCUGCUGAGGAGCUGGGAAACUGCAGAGAUUAUGCCACCAUGCAAUUCUGUGCCAACAAACUAGACAAAAAGGACUUCUUUGGAAAGUCAGACCCCUUCAUGGUCUUCUACAGAAGCAACGAGGAUGGCACGUUUACCAUUUGCCACAAGACCGAAGUGGUGAAGAACACGCUCAACCCUGUGUGGCAGCCCUUCUCCAUCCCUGUCAGAGCGCUCUGCAAUGGAGACUAUGACAGGACAAUUAAAGUGGAGGUGUAUGACUGGGACAGAGACGGGAGCCAUGAUUUCAUCGGUGAAUUCACCACCAUUUAUAAAGAGCUAUGUCGGGGUCAGAACCAGUUAAACGUCUAUGAGGUGGUGAACGCCAAGAAGAAAAUAAAGAAAAAGAGAUACAUCCACUCUGGGACGGUGUCCUUGUUGUCAUUCAAUGUGGAGUCAGAGCACACCUUCCUGGAUUACAUCAAAGGAGGGACUCAGAUUCACUUCACAGUGGCCAUUGAUUUCACUGCAUCAAACGGAAAUCCAUCCCAGUCCACGUCACUGCACUACAUGAACCCAUACCAGAUGAAUGCCUAUGCCAUGGCCCUGAAGGCCGUGGGAGAGAUCAUCCAGGACUACGACAGUGAUAAGAUGUUCCCUGCCCUGGGAUUCGGUGCUAAGCUGCCCCCUGAUGGGAGGGUCUCCCACGAGUUCCCUCUGAAUGGCAACAUUGAGAACCCGUACUGUAACGGCAUGGAGGGGAUUCUCGAAGCUUACCAUCAAAGCCUUAAGACAGUUCAGCUAUAUGGACCCACCAACUUUGCUCCUGUUGUUAAUCAUGUGGCAAGUUAUGCAGCAGCAGUGCAGGACGGGUCUCAGUACUUUGUGCUGCUCAUCAUCACUGAUGGCGUCAUAUCAGACAUGGCUCAGACCAAGGAGGCCAUAGUGAAUGCAGCCAAACUCCCCAUGUCUAUCAUCAUUGUUGGAGUUGGCCAAGCUGAGUUUGAUGCCAUGAUUGAGCUGGAUGGCGAUGACAUCAGGAUUUCCUCACGGGGGAAGUUGGCAGAGAGAGAUAUUGUACAGUUUGUCCCAUUCAGAGACUACAUGGACCGCACUGGCAACCACGUGCUGAGCAUGGCGCGGCUGGCUAAAGACGUACUGGCCGAGAUCCCUGACCAGCUGAUCUCCUACAUGAAGAGCAGAGGCAUUAAACCUAACCCUGUCCCUGUCCCAGCGGCUUACUCGUUUGGGGAUCAACCCCAGACCAACCCCGUCUGAGCCCCACACACAGCUCCGCGUCGGGUUGGGACAGGGUCGUGGUUGAGGGGAACCAGCCUUCACAACCAUCUUUUGGGAAGAAAUGGAAACGCUUUUAAGGCCCUUUCGUAAAUAUUAUUUUGGCUAAACGAAAAAGUAGAUGAGACUCCAUUUUGUUUUGGAGAAAUACAACUGCUUUGGGUGAACCUGCUGAUGAUCAGGGAGUUUUUUCUCUCUCAGGA